AUGAUCGAAACUUUGGCAGCAACAAAUCAAACCUUUGGGAUAUGUGGUAUCAAGAUACGCGAUCAAAGUGCUCUCCUAAUAGGGUUGUCAGCUUCGGUAGGAAGCGUGGCUUUAUUAAUGGUCAUCGUUCGAUUGCUCGAUCGCGGGAUAUCCAUGACUGCAGAAUUGGGAUGGGAUGAUCUGCUUAUCGGCGUCUCUGGGGUCUUGUCCAUCGGUAUGAAUGGUCCUGUCAUCGCCGCCGGAGUUAUGGGAUUCGGACGAGACAUGUGGGCAAUGACACCUGAUAACAUCACCGCAAGUUUGAAGGUUCUCUACGUCGCGUACUUCACUUACAUGCUUUCCGAAUGUUUUUGUCAGCUCUCAAUCCUCGCAUUCUACCUUCGCAUUAUGGUCAAUAAAAAAAUCCGCAUGGCUGUGUGGGUCCUCAUCAUAAUGGUGAUCGGUUUUGGUAUUGGCAACACAGUCGCCAUGAUAUUCCAAUCUACGCCAAUUCGUUACUUCUGGGAUGGUUGGAAAGGAGACAUGGUCGGCUACUAUGGGGUGGACGUUCGCUUGUUCGGUUUCAUACGCGGUUCAUUUGAGAUUUUGCUUGAUCUGGUCAUUCUGAGUUUACCGCUGCCAAUGCUGCUGGCUUUGCAAAUGAGCAGAAAGAAGAAAGCGCAAAUCAUCAGUAUGUUCUGUGUGGGGUUUAUCAUAACGAUCGUAAGUUGCAUCCGGCUGUGGAGCUUCGUGAGGUUUGCUCAGAGCACGAAUCCGACUUAUGAUAACACUGCUGGCCUCAUUACCUGCGCCACUGAGGGUAACCUCUUCAUCGUAGUUGCUUGCAUGCCUGCAAUGCACGCUUUCCUUCGGCGCACCUUCAGAAGCGCUCGCAACAAAUACGGAUCCGGGACUCGCGUUCAGUAUGACAGUGGACAUGCCAGUAAAGGGUCAUACGUGCGACAUGAUUCCAGCAGUCAGAAGAAUGAUCAUCUUCCCUUUGGCGUGAUCAACAAGACAACCGAUGUUACAGUUUAUCACACUAAUCGCUCCAGCUCCUCAGAUGUUGAGCUAGUACCCAUUGACGGCCCCAUGCGGUCUCUAUAG